GUGGCCAAAUGCUACGGGUGGAUCACCUUUUCGGCCUGCGGGGUGUACUUUCUUGGCCCGAGCCGUUGGGCAUCCCGCCUUGUGUUUUUUUUCCCUCCCCUUUCCCCUUCCCACCGCAUUCCACCAUGUUUGAGGCUCGUCUCCCCCAGGGUCAGAUCCUGAAGAAGCUCAUUGAGGCCGUGCGCGAGCUGGUCACUGACGCCAACUUCGAGUGCAAGCCCUCUGGCCUGUCGCUCCAGGCGAUGGACAGCAGCCACGUGUCGCUGGUCAGCCUGCUGAUGCGCGCCGACGGUUUCGACCCGUACCAGUGCGACCGCAACCGCACCCUCGGCAUCAACCUCCGCACCCUGGCCAGCGUUCUCAAGUGCUCCAGCAACGAUGACAUCAUUACCAUCCGUGCCGAGGACGACGGCGACAGUGCCAUCCUCAUCUUCGAGAGCCCCAGCAGCGACCGCCUGUCCGAGUUCGACCUCAAGCUGGUCGACAUCGACAACGAGCAGCUCGUCAUUCCCGACACCCAGUACGACGCGGUUGUGCGCAUGCCGUCGGCUGAGUUCCAGCGCAUUGUUCGUGACAUGCAGAUUCUCGGCGACUCCGUUACCAUUGCCUGCUCCAAGGAUGGUGUCAAGUUUUCGGCCAACGGCGAGAUCGGCAGCGGUAGCGUCCGCCUGAAGCAGUCCUCUGCUGUUGACUCCGAGGACGACGCCGUCACCGUCGACCUCCAGCAGGCCGUCUCUCUCACCUUUGCCCUGCGCUACCUGAGCCUCUUCUCCAAGGCUGCCCCUCUGUCUCCCACCGUCACCCUCUCCUUCUCCAAGGAUGUCCCCCUCCUGGUGGAGUUCCGCAUCGCCGACAUGGGCCACCUCCGCUUCUACCUCGCCCCCAAGAUUGACGAGGAUAUCUAAAAGUGCCUGCCGGCCUCCUCCCUCCCCCCCCCCCUCCCC